AGAAGAAGACAAGGAGAGAUCCAGAAGAAGUAAAAGGAUGGCUUUGCAAUGGCUGAUUCUGUCGUACGUGGUGGCCGCCGAAGUAGUAAUCGCCGUGGUGUUGACUUUACCUUAUCCUAUGCUAGUGAAGAAACGCGUCGUGUCACUUGUCUCUCUCAUUCUCCAACCUGCUGCUUCCAUCGCCGCCUUUCAGCUCUGCGAUAUAUACUGGAAGAAUGAACAUAGACUCUCUUGCUCAUCUGAUGUAUGCACUGCUACAGAGCGUGAUCGUUACGAGAAAUCUAUCUACAAGUCUCAGAGGAAUGUUGUUCUGUGUGCUGCAGGAAUUCUUCUCUACUGGUGCAUUUACCGUAUCUGCAAGUACAACAAGGACCUGGAGCGUUUGCAAGAAGCAGACAAGAGGCACAAGGAAGAGUGAUCUACUCGAGUAUACAGACUUGGUUCCUCAAAACUAUAUAAGUAAAGUCUUCUAUUGUUUUCUUACAUCUAAUACCACUAAACCUGAAGAAAACAGUGAGUAUCAAGAACAGUUUGCAGAUAAUAUAUAUCUAUUACAUCAUCAGUGGUCAAUGCUUAUUUCAUUCCUCUCUAACAUUCUCGAUAAUCAUUUCAAGAACAGUCUCAAUCUAUUUUCCAUAAACCAUAUUAAUCUUGAAACUUGUGCGAACCUAUUGAUACAGUUCCUUCAGGAGUUUUCUCUUAUGAUUUCCUCUUUCAUAUGAUAAAAGAGCUUAAUGAAGAUAACUAAACUAGAUUGAAGAUGAAAAGAUAAAAGACAUUCAUAACUUCUGGGACUAUUUAGGUUCUAAAACUGUGGGAACUAAAACUGUAAGGUUUAGGGGUUGAUUGGUAGAGCAUUAACAUAAACAUUGUUUUCUAUUAUCCAAUCAACAUUUGUCAUAGAAGCAUUUAGAAAAACAUUUACCAAAUGCAAAUGCUCUUUUCUCAAUGCUUAAUAUUUUUUACUUUGAAUUCUAUUUUUUUUAAAGUCCAUUCUUAUUUCUUUUUAUCUUAGUUAAAUUUAACGUUUAACCGUUUUUUUUUUGAUGUGUUUUGUUUGUAUAC